AUGGCCACUCGAAAGGACUUUAAAUACGCAAAUAGUGUCGCUCUCUAUCUGGGCUGUGCUGCAAGACACAAGUUUGCUAAUGUUCGAAUUCUCGAUAAAAUAAUCGCUGUUGCCGAAAUGUAUGACAGGAAUCCAAACACCACAGUCGCAGAAAUCGCAGAAUAUUUCGAGGCACCACUUUAUGAAAUUGAAACAUUUCGCCUCUCCCUUUUCCGUGGAAGUGACAAAAGCAUGAUGGAGAUGCUUCAAUAUAUUCGAGAUAUCGCCCCAAUACUGCCGCACCCAAAGUUUUAUCCAGCUAUUAUCCCAUUGGUUGUAUCAUUUACCAUAGUUGGAAGCUUAAUCAUGAUUGCGCGGUUCUACUCGAGGUUAUCGAUACUGGGUCGAAUUCCAUCUUAUGACUGGAUAAUGCUUGUUGGCUUCGUUCUCGCGGAAGCUAUAAUGGGUGUCAUUAUCGCCGAUUCCUAUACAUCUAGAAACGGCACCGCAAAUUAUGACCAAACAUGGACUGAUAUUGCCAACGACUGCAUUUAUUUAAACAUAAGGGAUGUGUUGUACCCCGUUGCCGCUCUUGUCAUAAAAUCCUCUUUAUUGCUCUUUUAUUGGCGGUUGUCACCAAAUAGCAGAGGAAUUCUGCGAUGGGUCAUAGUCGGUACUUUCAUAGUAUCAAUGGGCAGCUGCAUCCCCGCCGUAGUCGUCAAUCUUGUGUAUUAUGGCAAGGUUGAUUGGUGGAACUAUAUAUUGGAUCCGACUCUUUCUACUAUUUCGUGGCUGAACUAUCCGUUGGAGUUUAUGAUUACCGGUGGUCUGAACAUCCUUACCGACGUUAUCAUUUGGGUAAUACCAAUCAUCUUGAUUUGGGGCCCAAUGAGGAAACGUGGGAAACCAGAAAGAAUUGCAACCCUCAUGUUAUUUACGCUCGGUGCCGUCGUUUGUGUGACUGGUGCGCUACGAAUAGCGACUUUUUGGGAACUCACGAUGGCAGGUGGAACUGGUCCGCUGGCCAAAAUCCCGAUCUCUGUCUGGACAAUUAUUGAAGUUCAGUUAGCGAUAAUAUGCGCUAGCGUUCCCGCCCUUCGUGCCCUCGUAGUUAAAUAUUUCCCCAAGAUCCUCGGAAUUCGAAAUUCUAUCAUCAUUGGUUCCACGAUUCGACGGAGAUCACGAGCUCUAUCGCGUGGCCAAGAGCUAGAUACUUUCAACGACUUCGACUCAAAAAAGCGAAUAUCGUCGGUACCAUCCGCCUCGAUCCCCGCCGUGAAGUUGCACAACAUCAAUUCAAGGGAUUCAAGAUCGUCGCUGGAUGCAAUAGAUGAGUACGUCUAG